AUGGAUUUAGCAGUUCUCUUCAGGCAUGGGGUGGGCCGGGCGUUCCCGGGCCGCCGAAUCCCGGCCGGGAUUUAUGCGGCCCAUCCAUCAUGCCCGCACAAUGGAUGCAGUGUGCGGCACUCGCAUAGAGCCCGCCCGCCCAAGUUUUACGACUCCGGGAAACAAUUGUCCGCUAAAUGGUCGCGCGGCUUUGUUCCCCGGUAUGCGUGGUGCGUGGUUGUGUCG